AUGGCGCUGUGGACACCAUAUAUUGAAGACUGUCCUCUUGAUUUGAGUAAAACGAGAAAUAAUGAAAUAAUUCCGGCAGUGUUAGAAAAACCAUCUUCCACUGAUGCCACAUCAUUUAAUCACAUGGAUUUUGCGUGCAAGGGGUAUCGUUUUCCUGAUCCUGUUCCCGUAGUGCAACAUGUUGUUCCAAGGAAACAAACUGGACAUAGUUAUUAUUUAGUGGACUAUUCUCACAUAUCAACGAAUUCUGUGUCAACAUCGCCAGAAUUACUAGAACUACGAAGAUGCGACUCGGAGUUAUUGUCAGAUGAUCCAGAAUACAUAGAAUUUGAAAAAGACGCCCUCAGAGUAAUGGCGGAAAGAAAUGGUGGAAUGCUGAUAGGGCAAAACCCUAAAAUGAAAAGAACUGUUCAGACAAAUGAAGCAGCCGACGAAGCAUAUCGUAUACAGCGGCAAAGAAACAAUUUAGCUGCAAAACAGAGCAGAGAUAGAAGAAAAAUGCGGGAACUUCGUUUGUCACUAAAAGUAACUUAUUUGAAGAAGAAGGUUGCAGAAAUGAAGGCGAUGCUGGCUACUAAUCCUUGCAAGAAUUGUCUUGAACGAUCACGUAGCGUCAAUUUUUAA